AUGAGCACCCAGACCACCUACCUCAUCACCGGCGCCAACCGCGGCAUCGGUAAGGGCUUUGUCUCAACCUUGCUGUCCAGGCCCUCGACUACCGUCAUCGCGGCCGUCCGUGACCCGUCUCACGCCACCUCCCGGGCCCUCUCCGACCUACCCAAGGCCGCUGGCUCCAAGCUUAUCACCGUCAAGCUCGACUCCUCCGUCACGUCUGCCGCCGCCGACGCCGUAGCCACCCUCAAGAAGAACCACGACAUCACCGCCAUCGACGUCGUCGUCGCCAACGCCGGUAUCGCCGCCGGCGGUGCCCCCAUCCGCGAGACUACUUCCGCCAACGCCAUCGAGCACUUCAACGUUAACACCAUUGCCCCCAUCCUCCUCUUCCAGGCCACCGCCGACCUCCUCCAGGCCAGCAAGACCGGCAACCCCAAGUUCAUCGCCAUCUCCACCCUCAUCGGCUCAAUCGGCACCAUCGAUGCCCUCGUUGCCCUCAACUUCCCCAACACCGCCAGCCCCUACGGCGGCAGCAAGGCGGCCCUCAACUGGUUCGUCCGCCGUCUCCACUUCGAGGAGCCCUGGCUCACCAGCUUCGUCUUCCACCCCGGCCUGGUGGAGACGGACCUCGCUGCCAGCUCCAUCACCGGCACCGGCCUCAGCCUCAAGGACCUCGGCGCCAUCUCCGUCGAGACGAGCGUUGCCGGCAUGACCAAGACCAUUGAUGCCGCCACCCGCGACAUCGGCGGCACCUUCCAGAACCACGACGGUGCCACCAACCCCUGGUAA